AAAAUCCUCUGAGUUGAGCUCAAGCUGCGCAAAAUCCCACCAUUUUGAACCUAAGCUGAAGUAGGCUCUGGAUGCUACGAGGCAUGGUGCCUUGGGUGAAAACAUAUGGAUGCCUCUGGAUGUAAAGUUGAGGUCUCUUAAACUGAGACAAGACUCUAAAGAAAGGGGUGCUUUUUUUGUGGCAUUUAAGAGCAAGGAGGUUGAAAGUGCUAAAUCUACAAAAGCACCCCUGAAGUUUGCAAAGGCAAUAUCUGUCCAUGCUUUAUCCCCAAACAAGUUCCUGGUCUUAAGCUCAGACGGAGAUCUGCAUCUCUUGUCCCUGGCCAAUCCUGUCCAUGGAUCGGAAAUUCCUUGCCACCUGAUGCAAUUGACUUGCACCAUGAAGGUUCAAAAGUUGACAGUUUUCUCUGACAUCUCAAUUGGAGCACAUACAGUUUGGAUUUCGGAUGGACACUAUACAGUACAUCUGAUGGUGAUAUCUGAUUCGGAUACUUCUGCUAGUGAAAGUGAUAAAAAAGACACUGAGGAAAAGCUAAUGCAAAUCUCAGUCAAUCAAGCAAUAUUUGCCAGUGAAAAGAUUCAAGAAGUUCUUCCAAUGGCUGAGAAUGCAAUAUUGAUUCUUGGACAAGGAAGCAUAUUUACUUAUGCAAUUUCCUAGUGGUGCUCAGCGGUUAAUCUCUGGAAUGGUGAAUCUUAUUCCUCUUUUGUUAACGAUUGAUGUUUGAGCAAUUUUCUUAUAAUUCUGUCAGAUUACAUGCACCCUACAACUACCCUUUGCAGUUCGGCAUCCAUG